AUGGGAGAACCUAAAGUGUCCAAGGGAUCUUAUAGACAAGAUUCUUUCUUCCCUGCUUUGAAUUUAGGCUCGAAAGGGCCCAAAAGAAGUUUACCUGCUUCACGAACGUCCUUGUCACAGUUGAAGCUGAAUUUGCUGACUGACGGAAAACAAUGGGAGUUUUUGGAGGAUUACGGGAUCGAAGAGCUGAGAAAUGGAUUUUUUGAUCCUAUUUUCACCAAACAAGAAAGGGUUCAAGCGGACUCUGACCAUGGAGAUGCCCCAGUGGAUCCAAGGCACCAUAAGCCCAUGCUUGACUUGUGGCUGUUGGAGCAGCAAGACAAAGUUAAGAAGAACUGGCAAAGAAUGCUCAAAUUUUGGAUAGCUUUUUUCUUGGCAUUUUGUGUGUGUCUGGUGCGGCCUUCAGGAUCAUGGAUUGGUCAAGACUACAGGUAUUUUUUGCCUUUGGCAGUUGUAAUUCACCAUCCGGCAAGGAACGUUGGCGUUCAGCUAGAAAUUAGUAUUUGGUCUGUUUUUGGCGCAGCUUUAGGAAUGGGAUGGUCAAGUCUAGCGUGGUACAUUUCCGUCGCGACAAAACCAGCUGCCAAUCACCAAGGUGGCAUUUUAUUUGGCAGCUUGUUCAUUGCAAUCUACUUGUGUUCUUGGGUUAUGGCUGCCAAUCAAAGACUGCUUUAUCUUGCCAUGUCUUACGGUAUUGCAAUCGCUUAUUUUCACACCGUCAGCAUGGUUGGCCACAAAUUUCUGUUGAGCUGGAAACUAUAUUGGGAUUUUGGAAUUUCGUAUCUUUUCGGUCUCAUUUUAUCGUUCCUGGUCUGUGUGCUAGUGUUUCCCCGUGCUGGUCAAGCAGAGAUUAUGGGUAAGCUCUCGUCUUCGCUCACUACAAUCAAGCGAUUGCUGGUCGAAUUUCUUGACCCUACAGAAUGCGCCAACCUCGAAAAUCUACAGACACUCCAGAAAAGGAUUGGGAAAACUGUUGACUUUGAUGUUUCGGAAGGCAUGCGAGAAUUCCUCAACCAGAUUACAUUGUCCCGGAUUAACGAAACAUCGUUACUAAAAUUCCGUAAUGGUCUUACCAAUGUCGCAGCGCCCUUCAGAUCUUUACCAGUAGAUCACAAACUAAUCACAAAGCUUGAACUAGAAGCAUACUACUCUGAAAGGACUAAAAAUAUCAGUAAAGGGACUGGCAGCAAUUCAUUCGGUGCAACUCCUGUUCCCGAAUCUCCGAAGGUAAUAUCGGGCGUCACAGACGUCUCUCAAUUAUCUGACAAGGACGCCUUUUGUGUUGUGCUAAGAUCAAUUUUCUCGAAGGAUAUGAUUGUUCUAAUGGUAGAGAUGGUAUCUUUGCUCGAGACCUUAGAAAAGUCACUUCAUGAUUUCACCUACGCCUGGGGUCCCGGUGAGCAUCAAAAUGAAACCAAAGAGCUUUUACAAAACCAUGUAAACAGGCUUGGCAGAAAGAUUCAUACCUUGGACAUUUGUUACAACGAGUUUCUCAAGUCUACUUAUUUCACGAAGGAAAUGCUCUUUGAUCCACAGUCUAUCGACUCCUUAGUUUUCCUAAGAUAUGUGAGGCAAAGUGCUAAGAACCUUAUUCCUGUUGCCGAAUGUGUCUUGGAGAUAAGUUCAAACCCGAGCUGGAAGCUCACCUUCCCUCAUUACCCACUAAGAAGGGCAUUGAAACGAUUGCCUACUGAAUGCAGCAUUGAUCAAGGCGCCAAAACUAUUCUUCACUAUUACCAAGCAAAGAAAGAUGUGGAUGACAUAUUUGAACAAAUCAGCAACAGUUUUACGUCAAACCACAAGGCUCCGGCGGAAUUAAUGGAUCAAGAGGGAAAAAAUCCUGCAAUUGUGAGGGCCGUGGAUCACAAAGACUUCAGUCUCCGUACGACUAUUUAUCCCUUGCGCUACAAGAUGUGGCGCAAAUGUGCACAGGUCUCGUCACCUGAAAGUAAGUGGGCUCUGAAGGUUGCAUUCGUAAUAACUUUCCUAUCUCUACCUACUUGGCUGCAGUCCUCGUUUCAAUGGUAUCAAACCUACGACUGCUGGUGGGCGCCAUUAUCGUUUUUCAUAUUGGCUAAUCGCAGAAAUACGGGAAAUUGGGGUUCUUUUGGCAGACGGUUAGCUUCGGCGAUAGCCGGGAUCUUUUGGGCCUGGUGUGCCAAUCAGGCUCGUCAUUAUGGAAGCCCAUAUGUGAUUGCGACCUUUGCAUCGAUCUUCUGUUUUUUCCUAUCUUUUAACUUCUUUGCAAAUGGAAACAGGAAGUCAAGCUUCACCGGGUUCAUGUGCUUCAUAGUCAUAGCCCUUGAACCUUAUAGCAAAGGUACCUCCCAAUUGAAUCAAUCUUUUAUAUGGAAAAAUACGUGGGUAACCGGAGUCGCUCUUCUAUGUGGCAUUAUACCAUCCAUUCCUAUUAACUGGUUUCUUUGGUCGUUCACGGCUCGACAUGAACUUCGACUUUCCGUGGCAUCUUUACUCGGCCAUAUAAGUCACUCUUACCAGAUCGUCACGGAUCGAUACCUUUACAGAGAUGCUGGUGAUGCGCCUAACGAACUCACAAAGAAAUACUCUAAUAUUCGCGAGGUACGCCUGUCCCAAAGUUUGAUAGCUGUUCGAGAGAUGCUGCGAAAAGCACGCACUGAACCGACUUACAUUUUUGUGUUCAAGGCAGACGUCUACCAGCAGCUGCUAGAUGUGUGUGAGUUUCUUCUCGAAAAGAUGAUAGAGGCUCGAUUAUCCGGUCAGUAUUUCGAGGUUUGGGAGGUCGACAGAGACUGUAAUGUAUCGAGGGCCUUGCUAUCUCACCGCCGUGAUAGCGUGGCCUCCGUGAUCUUUGUGCUGUACAUGAUAUCAAACUGCUUUCUGUCCACUCAUAGGGUUCCCGCUUACCUUCCCAACACGAUCAUGUCGCGGAAAAAGCUUUUUGAUCUGAGCUCCCAGCUUGAGUCUUCGAUGAACGAAUCUCGCGGUUCUACAGCAGCGGAGGAACCCGACGGUCUAGAUGAAAGCUCCAACCACGAAGACACAUCUCACUGGGCUCAUAUUCACGGCAUGGCUUUUGCACGAACGUUUACCGAAAUCAGUGAGGCCGUUCAGAAAAUAGUAUAUCUCAGUAGAGAAAUUCUGGGUGAGGCUACUAGUGGCCAUGACGCAUGA